AGUACUCCAAUAGAGCCGCAGUAUCGCUUUCACAUUUCGAGAGUACAGUACGGAAAUUAAAGUGUCCUGAUCGUGUCUUGUCCAUCGAGGGCGGCUUUAUAAAAUCCCAUAUACAUAUAUAUCUAUAUAUAUAUAUAUAUACAUAUACAUUUAAACGUCCAUUUAUAAACACAAUUUUCUUUAAAUCCCUAAAUAAAUUCACUUAUGUGACACAAUGUGAUUAAAAUUUAAACAAGUAGUAGUGCAAUAAUAUAAAUAAUUAGCAAUGUCGAUUAUUUUGGUUGCUAUGGCAACGUUAAUUUGACACGGACGAAAAAACAAUAUCCUGUUGCAGACAGAGAAGAGAAUUCUCCCGAGGACGCUACAAAGCGCGUCCGGGACCUUUCGACCUCUUCCUUUUUUUAAUUUUACUCCUUCAUUUUUUUUAUAAUUAACAAUUACGUUAAUUUACUUGUCUUUCUAGUCGAUAAAUUUAAAUUUAAAUUAAAAAUUACCCUAGAAAAAUUUAAGUGUCAAUUUAAUAAACGUCAAAUUUUGAUCCUUGGAUUUAAAUUUUUAAAGGCUCAGGAUAAAGUCAUGGGAUCCAAAUGUGUCGAUGUUGUAAAUUAAAAUAAAAAUGGAUUUUUAAAAAUGUGUUGAUAAAAAUAUAAAUAAAUAAACGUGUAGAUAAAUAAUAUAAUUAUAUGUAAAUACAAAAGUUUUAUAAAGUGAAUUUGUUUUUUUAAAAAUAAGUUUUUUGUUAAAAUUACGAAGUGGAUUUUCGUUCAUGGCCAGAUGACAAUCAGCUGUUGAUUAUUGUAGAUACCAAUGUUUGAUAAUCAGGAAGACUUGUGGAACUUGGUGGGAUGCACUCCGUCCAAUCUUAUGAUAAUUAAAGGAUACGAUGCUAUCGUAUGCACUGCCUGCGGGGGGCAAGACUCCACCAGGAGAAUUAACACAAGGUUUCAAUCGUCUGACAAGAGUUCAACAGAAUCAUGGCGAGCAGAUGAUGCGGAACGGAUUGGCGACAGUUGGGGCACCGAACCGAGUAGCCGAUGGCAAUAAAACAGCAUCAAAUAAUAGUAGCGUUAAGACGAUACCGACGACUACGACUACGAUUACAACUACGGGAACUACGAUAUCUACAUCAUCAACGACAAUGAUCACGACAACAUUACCCUCAAUGAGGAUUGAGGAUGAAACAAUGCGAGAUAAUGGUCGAUGUCAUCAAACAGAAAUUACAAAUGACAUCAGUCCAAAGCAUAAUGGAAAUGGUACAACAACAACGACGAGAAAGUCAACGCUUCAUACUUCCAGAGUUACCAAAGACGAUAGUCUUCAUAGUAUUAAUAGUGAAGCUAGUACUGUUGGAAGUGACCGGAAGUCCAAGAUUGCUAAUGGCGGCAAGCACGCAAGUCUCAAAAGGGUAUCUUUUGGAUCGAGUAAAGGCUCGAUGGUCGAAACGUUAGUUUACGAAACUCCAGUCCAAGAAGAACCUGAGAUGAAUAAUUUUCUUGAACAUAACGGUCGAGUUCCGAUUGCUCCAUUUCCUGAUACAGAUGAAGGCAGAGAAAAAGUUCGUGUCGCGUUUCUGGGACCACAACCUCACCCUGCAACGCCUGGUGUCCUUCUACUCGAACCCUUGAUACCUACAACAGGUCACUUUUCUGAAAUAAUGUCCUCCGGUACUGCGGAACUUCUUACCACUCAUACAGAGCAUACAUCUCCAGCGUAUCAUGCUCAAAUCAGUACGGAUAGUGGAUGGGACAAUCCAUUUAGGCCAGACGGAGAUUUAUCCCGAGAAGCAGACGAGAUAGUAGAACUGAUAAAAGGCGGAAAACCUAUAACUCCAACACCAGGUCAAACUGCACCCCCAUUACCAGGAUGUGAUGGUAAAGCAAUUGAUGACCAUGAUUCAAGUACCAGUCCACUGCUGAACACAUCAACAUCCGAACGGACGAAUCAAGGGAAUGGGAACCUCCAUGGGAACGUGAAUUCCAACGUCAAUAAGCAGCCCGUUAGCGAGAAGGUCGGUUCAACAACGAGCACGGCGACCGUGGAGGUCAGCAGAGUGACAGCACAGGGUCCUGGAGAUGCGUCUCAAGUAGAGCACGUGACUCUCAAGAAAAAGCCCAAGUGCAAAUGUUGCGUUCUUCAGUAACGCAGUUUAAUAAUAAUAAUAAAAAAAAAAUUAAUAUUAAUAUUAAUAAUAAUAAAAUGAUAAAUUAUACAAUAGCAUUAUUUAUAAAUGCUGUUUUGUAUGAAUCUAUUUAUUUAAUUCAUACAUUUAAUUGACACGGACGCGGUUUACUGGAAACGAAAAAUGUUCAGUCAGUCAGUCAUUUAUUUUUUAUGCUAAUUGAGACCGUGACAAGUCUCUUUAGUUUUAACUGUUUAAAAUUUUUUUUUUCACACUGACUUGAGUUGAUAAUUAAAUAAAAAAUGCUAAAGAAAUAACUUUAACCUACGAUAUUAAGAUUUGAAAUAAAGAGUUUAGUGUUAAGGAUAAAACAAAUAUAUAACUAAGAGAGAAAAUAAUAAAUAAAUAUGUGCAUUAGCGGUAUUUUAAACAGUACGAUUUUGGAUAAAUGAUGGUAAAAAAAAAAUACAACGGAUAAAAAUGAAAGAAACUGAAAAUGAAAACAAAAAAAUUGAUAUAUUUAAAAAUUUAUUGUAGAUACAGAAUGGUAGUUAAUGAAUAGCUUGUAUGCUUUUACUAUUGUGGUUAUCAUCGUUAGGAUUAUCAUUGAAAAAAGUCCAGAGAAUAAGUUAUCAAAGGGCUGAGUUUUUUUUACACACACAGAGUUUUUAUUUGAAUAAAA